AUGAAAACACUUCCACCCGAAUGGGAGCUUGUGCAUCAGCAAGCCUCGGAAUUUAUUGAGAGCAAUAGAGAUUCUCUCUUGAAUUCUCCAUCCACUCUGCAAAUUAUAAAUAGUAUUUGUAGUAAUAUUAUCUCUCAUCCGAAUGAAGAAAAGUUUCGAAAAAUCAGAUUGGCAAAUCCAAAAUUUAAUGAAUUUGUGAUGAAUGUACCGGGAGCCAUAAAUUUAUUGUUUUUAUGCGGAUUUGAAAUUGAUGAUCAAAAUGAAUAUCUAAUUAUCAAGCCAGGAAAUUUAAACAUGAAUGACUUGCAAGCUCUAGUCCACGUGAUUCAGGACUAUAUCACUAUUAAAUCAUCAACGUCAACCACCAAAUCAAACACACUCCACCCUUCUCAACCCACCUCUUCUUCAUGCUGUAGCACUGAUCAAGAAAUGGAAGAAAGACGAAGAAAAUUAUUAGAAGAAAAGAAGAAAAUUCAAGCUGAGAAGGAUAAAAUCAAACAACAACUGAAUGCAGAUAAGGAAGAAAGAAAGUACUUGCCCUCAGGUGUGAGUUCAAAGAAAACAAAAAAACCUGAAUCCAAUUCCAAGAAAACCUUCAAAGACAUUGGUGUUGAUUUGAGUAGCCAAGGAGGAGGAUGA